AUGGCUUUCCCAAAACAUCUGCUGCUCAGCAACUACUCGUACUCGCAUCGCCAUUCGAAGCUCACCAUGACCGAAUCCACGUCUCUCGCAUCAUGGAAACUCCAUAACAGGUUCGUCGACAUCGUUCGCAGCAACGUCAGUCCAAUCCUGGACCUCAUCCCCUCGUACAAUACCCUUGAGUUUGACUACAACGAGACCGAAAACACCGUCGCACUGCGCAUGGGCGAAUAUGGCGACAGCGAGAUCCUCGCGCAUUCCAACGGCUCCGCAUCCAAGCGCGUAGUCCGCGACUCCAAGAUCCGCAAAGCAGGUACCGUCCUGGAAGUCAACAGGCCAAUGAGUGGUCAGUUCAAAGCCAUCGCGCCGUUUGGCUGGAGCGAGACUGUGCAGCAAGGUAUUACCACGCCGAUGAGCGCGCCGGCACAUGCGCUUGUGCUGAUGUAUAUGCACAUCUGGGUUCUCAAGACAAACAAGGCAGAUGUUGAGUUGCCUAUACCGAGGUAUCAGAGUUUGUACGAUGCACUAGUUUGGAUUCGAAACGCGUUAGAUACGGAGCUGGUGUUGCCGGUUGGGCAGCGUAAGGUUCCCGCGGAGGUUUUGACCGCCUAUCAGAACCAAGCUGUCGAUAGAUCUCAGCCACUUGAGAAAGAAGAUGUUGAGACAGAAUGA